CUCGGUAGAGUCGCGCGCACCUCGCGUCCGUACCGCCGCGAUAUAUCGAUAACGUCCGAAUCGUAAUUCGAUUAUUAACUACUCUAGAACUCGUGUCCAAAGUGUGCAUUUACAUAAACGGAUAUUGGACCAAACAAUUUUGACAGUUCGUGACAUUUUGUGUUUUGUUAUUGCAUUGUUAAGCGUGUUUUGUUUAACAAUAACUUUGAUAUAUGUAACUUUUAGAUUUGUGUCGUGUAUAAUACACUUUAUAUUUAGUGUUUUUAUAAAACUAACCUUUAUUUUUUAUCAGUGCAUUCAAUAACUAGUGUUGUACUGUGAAUAUUUUUUGUAUGUCUAUGUUGAAAUAAGUUGUAUAAAUUUCAUGACAAUUGAAAGUGAUGUAUUUGAAAAUGUAUAUAAAAUCGGAAAGGUUCUACCAACAGCCUGAUAACCAGCCACUGAAAGAGGAGAGAUGUUUUUCAGAUUUUGAGGAAGAAUUAGAUGAUCGUGAAGGCGGCGGCGGCGGUGGCGGGGCGCGGCGGUGUGCGCGCGAUGCGGCGGCGUCGCCCGCGCACGCGCACGCGCCGACGCCGACGCCAGUGCCGCCCGGACAAGCACAAGCCCACGUUAAGAACGAACGUCUGAGCCCACAUGACUCGAACGCCUCCAGAUCACGUAGUGUGACGCCGUCGACAUCGUCAUACCCGGGCACGCCGCCGGAGCGCGGCAGCCCGCACGCACCACCACACCCGGCGCCGGCACACCCGCCCCGCAACUACUCAGACAUAAUGCGCUCAUUAGCAGCGCGAUACAACACGCAUCCCAACAACGAUUAUCUGUACCGCAUGAAUGGCUUCGGUGUGGAUCGAACGGCAACAUCUCCAGCACAAGCGGAUGCGACGGAUCCCCCUCUUGGCGGACUAUUCACAAAGCUGGCGACUCAGCAAGGCGGUCCACAGCGGCUACCAGCUUUUCCUGUCAUGCUCGACAUGAGCUCCACUAAGAGUUUACUGGCGAUAUCACGGGUGCACCGUAGCGGAAGAUCGCGUCGCAAGCGCAUCGGCACGGGAGCCCCCGCGGACCACUCGCCGCUCGACCUGUCUGCGGCGGGCGAGAGCGCCGCCAAACGUGCACGGCUAUCAGCCAGCCCCAGCACGAGGAGCGACAGCGAAGACAGAGACAGAAUCUCUAAUGAUGAUCGAAGCGAAGCCCGCAGUGACUGUAUGUGCGCAGAGGCGCGUGCUCGACUUACGUCGUGGUCGGUAGACGAAGUAUGCGAUUUCGUCAACUCCAUAGACAAUUGUGCGGAAUACGCAUCGAACUUUCGGGACCAAAGAAUCGACGGCGCAGUCUUGCCUCUCGUCACCGAGGAUCAGCUGACCGGGAUGCUACAAAUGAAGCUAGGUCCAGCUCUAAAGUUAAAAGUGGCAUUGGCUAAUCGUCUCGAGCCCUGUGCUCAAUGUCAAGCGCUGAAUCCAGCCGCUAACACAAAUAUAGCACAACCAACAGGUCCCCGAAUAAACGGUGCAGCAUUGAAACCAGAACCAAGGAGCAACACAACAAGUCCCAGUUAAAACAAAGACAUUCUAUUUUUAAGUUAGUAUAUUUUCUUUUCAAUUUUGUUAUUUGAAUUUUGUUUAUCCGUUUCGUGCUUUAAUUUAUAACAUAGAGAAUUUGUUUGAACAAUAAAUGAUACAUACACAAAAUCACUAUCCAUACUGUACAUAUAUAUUUUAUGAUGUUGUCGGAGCAUAUAAAUUAUUCUCAGUGUACUUAAUAAUUUACUGUGACAUUCAUAUUAGUCACUUCUGUUUUAAUUAAUUUAUAAUUAAUCUGAAUAAAUUAAUAGCACAAAAUCCCGUAAAUCUGAUUGAUCACUUUCUAAUGUUAAUGUCAAACCAACUUCUCUCACAUUUUCAUAAUAAUUAUUAGUUAGAUAAAUUACUUUAGUCAGUUGGUUCAUGAACGUAAAGUCUUCCUAAUAUAGAUUUUGCAUUUAGUUAUGUUUUAAGCGCUUUAGUGUAUUUUUAGUGAUUAUUUUAGUUUUUUUUUUCUAAUAACUGUAAAUAAAUCUGUUAAAUAACGUAAUGCCGUCCAAAUGUUUUAACUGUUAAUAUGUGAUUGUGGUAUAUUAUGUUCGUUUGUCUAUUAAAAAUGAUUGUCUAUAUUUUUUAUGAUAACAAAACCAUUUGUAAAAAGUAAAUCAUUUGUUUAAAUAUAAGAAGAAUGUUGAGGGAAAUUACAAUAAUGAAAUGAAUGGUACUAAUUAUUUUAAAUUUAGAACUGCUUUUAAAAGAAUGUGAGUUCUAAAACUAGUGUACAUGUAAUUUUAAAGAACUCACAAUUAUUACUCGUAAAAUACGAACUUGAAUAUAUUUUUCCAAUAAAACGAACUUUAAUUAUUUUUCAUAAUUAUAUUACAUUUGUAUAUCGUGUAGCUAGUAUACAUUGUUUUAUGAAAUGUUAUAUUAUAAAGUUUUCGGUGCUAAGAGACCCUGCGACGAGCUUUUCAUUGUAGAUUUUUUUUUGUAUAUAGCGGCCGCAAUGUAAAAAUAUUUCAUUAAUAUUUUGAGGCUACUACUGUCAUUUUAAUACAGGGUCACAAAGUUAUAUUGUAUAUAAAUUAUACAUGUAGAGUUAAAAGAUGUAUAGUUUAAACAUCAUUAUAUAAAUAGCAUUUAUUUAUGCCACACCUGAAUAAAGCUCAGUACGAUACCGUUUACAGUAAAUUGUUACAAUGUAUUAGAAAUAGUUAGUGUAUACGUGUAUAAAUUUUCUACAACACAAUUUCGCCUGUAUAUUUUUUGUGUAACGAUUGUUUGUAUAUAUCACAAUGUCCUACUUUCAUUUUGUUAUAGAGAGAGGUUAAAUAAAGAAUGUAAAGAAUAUUUUUUACCUGUGGUAAUCUCCUUAAUUGCCAAAAUAGUAUAUUUAAGAUCUAUAUACAUACAAUGAUCGUAAAUACUACAGCCAGCGAAAAGUUUGAGGUGCUACUUAUAAUAUAGAUGGAUAUGAUAAUGUCUGUGCCUUUAUCGGUCUUCCUUUGUAAAUGUAAUGAAUAUUAUAUAUGUAAAAAUGUUUUCCACGAGUAUUACGGUUCUACGCUUUAAAUCUGAUGAUGAUAAUAAUACAAGUAAUUGUACUAUUCUAUAGUGUAACGAAUCGACGAAUUUGUUUAUAGGUGAUUUUUGAUGUUAAUAUAAAAUAGAUCACUGCUUUUAUGUAACUAACGUAUUUUGUACGGACCAGUGACUUAAAUGUGUAUAAAUAUAUUUUGUGCGUUGAACAUUGUAUGGUACUUAAAUAAAUGCAGGUUAGGUCUAUCAACUCUAUUGAAAAUACUACUGGAAAAAUGAUGUGUGUUACAUGGAAUGGUUAGAGUAUGGUCGUUUGGUAAUCGGUAAACUUAAGAUCAUUUGAUCACAUUUUUGGCCUCUUAUGCACGUCAUAUUUUUAUCACUAUUCCUACUGACCCAUUUAUCUACUUCAAUUGAGAAGGGCUAUUUUUUUAUUAAUAUAUUAUAAUAUUUUUAGUCAGUUUAGAUCUAUAAAUAUUGCUUCAUAAUGACUACCUUAUUGAUAAAAAUAAUCACUAAUAAACCUAUUAUGGAGAUAAUAACAGAAUGAAAUAUUUUUUUUAAUUUCCUGAAUAAUAGCACUCGACAUUCUCAUAAUUAGUAAUGGAAUUCUACUAAAAAAGUUUUUUUUUAUGAAACCUUCUUUGAACGCCAUCUACUAACAGAAUAUACUUGCAAUACACAACCUACUUUAUUAACAGGUACUUAAAGUUUAUUUUGUACAAUUGUGAAUCACACCAUACUAAGCAAUUUAACCAUUCCAUGUUAAUAUAUAAAAGCCCUAUAUCAAGUGUUUUGAAUCAUUGGUAAUAGUUUUGCUAAAACUG